GUUCAUUUAAACGGGCGCUAACUACAGUUUCGCUUCAAUAAACGUAGCUGCAUCGUAAUCAAAGCUCGCCGUCUCGCGCAAGAGAAGAAUCAAAGUACAAAGGAGUAACUUUUACUCCUCACCAAGCAAGCAAAUUGCAAAACAUUCCAAAAUACGAUUCGCAUCUUAAUAGUGGAAAGUGGUAGUCGGCAGGGAACUGGUCUGCAACAAGUCAUAGCAAUUGUGCACUCCGUGCAUAGACCGUGCAGGCCAGCGUCUUUGUUCUGCUUUUCUGCGCACGGAAUUCCAAAGAGUCUGUAUCUUUGCGAGGGAAACAGGGCGCGGUGACCAUUUUUCCUUACUCAUCAUCGGAGGUUAUACGUAAUGGACUAUAUAACGGUUCAAGCCGGUUCGAAAUGGUUCAGUAGACAACGGUAUACUGGCGGGAAAAUUCCGCGGGAUACAGAGAUAAUAAGAGAAAAGAAAAACGGAUUUGUCGAACGGACCGAGCCAUGAAGUUGCUGUUACGGUUUGUGGCAUCGAUUUUCUUAACGUCCGUUCGCGCAAGCAGCUGGCCUUAUCAUGAAAUAGUGGGCGUCGGACAAUCGGCGGGACCAUUGCUCGUUGCACCAGUUUAUGGAGUCGCACCUGCGGUAAGCCUGUUACCCGCGGAACCGGCCAAGAAAGCUCAAACCAUAGUUGCUGGCCCCGUAACAAAAACUGUUGUCGAGGGAUCGUCUUCCGGACCAGUGACCAUCGUGUCUCCAGGAACUCUCGCAACCAGCUCUCCAUCUCCAACGACGCUAAAACCAACCAUUGCCUCAGCUGUGCCAGAAGAUACAGUCCUCGUUAAAGGAGCUUCGGCUGGCGCGGUGACGCUAGUAGCGCCAUCCGACAAUUCAGUCGCUAUCGCAGACACCAAUAACGCAGCGUCAGCCGAAGCAGAAACAAAGAAAGGCGCCGUUGCAGCGUCAGCGAAGGCGGUUGUUGCAAUCGAAAGCGCAGAAGAAUCAUCGACCACGAAAGCAUCGACGAACGUCACGGCCACGGCAAUUAGUGAAACAAUAGGCAUAGCGUCAGCGAACGCCGUAAUAGGUCCCUCCACCGGGCCUAUAAUCAUCGCUGGUCCAACCGUUCCACCGGUACCGGUGCCGGCUGGCGCUGAAGCUUCCACACUUGAAGCAGUGACUGCUGCUAGUGUUGCUGCUUCGGCAACCGUUGAAUCUGCCAGCGUGUCUUCCAGUGCGGUCGCCAAUGUGUCGGUUUCAAGCAACAUAAGUGCUGAACAAACCAGUGAUGUAUCUGGUUUAGCGUCAGAUACUACAGAGCCAACAAGGAUCGAGGGUUCAGCAUCGAGCUCGAGUACGGUGACGAGUACUUCCGGAAGUUCGACGGCCUUCGCAUCAGCGAGAAUUAAUUUGAUUUCACCUCUAGGUACGAUCGCACUCGGCGAGACUCCCUUAAGUAACGUUGUCGUAUCAACAGGAACAGCACCGCCCGCGAUAGUUUCCGGUCCCUCGGGGUCCGUCUCUACCGGUAGCGCAUCCCCAUUGCUGCUUAAGGUUCCUCUGUACCAUUUGUAGAUCAAACUGCUUAUUCCCUUGUACGUCCGUUUCUUUACUCGUCGCUUGUUGUUUCUGUAAAAGAAAAAUCAAAUCGCUUGUGAGAAACCGGUCGAUGCCAUGCGGCCAUAGAGACAGUUGAUUGGCGAAUCGGGCCUUUCUAAGGUGGGUUUUACACGAGCUAACGUGGCUAGACAAGCGCAUUCGUUGACAUUGCGUUGGCGAUCGCGCCGACACGAGACAAGGAAGGGAAAAGUUGUGCAAGGACAACCACUGGGACCAACGCUGCAAGCGGUUGGCAUUGAUGGCCGCUGCGUUAUUUGCCUGUGUACAAUCAUUGAAUACAAUAGCUACCACUUUUCUAUAUCUGUUUGAGUACCUCGAUUUUUGUAUUUAAUAAAACCGUGCAUAAGUAAGGA